UUGACCAAGUGUUCUUGUCUUGGGUCGUCGUUGUACGCCAUCCAUCAUCCAUCAGCCUUACUAGUGACCAGUACCGCCUAGUACUCGAUCCCUGCAUUCCGGCCCAUGUCAUUUCUCUGCUACCAUCUGUGGACGCGCAUGCAUCAAUGCAGUUGUCUGCUAUGUGACAUGCGCCGUAGUUGAUCCAGGAAGCCCUGGCGAGUUGCCAUUUCGACGGUGUCGCUGUUUGGUAUUUGAUUACACAUGUAUAUGCAGACUCUACCCACAUGAGCUGGAAGAGACAAGAAGGCAGAACUUGAAAAAAGGGUGUGAGUCUAUGUUCACACGGGUGUAUUUUUAUGCAAUACAUCAUCAUUUUCAUUAUUCGCAAAGCGCGGUACCAAUAGACCACGCAGUAUAAGUAAAGCAUGGCAUUCCCGUCAAUGGCCGCGCAAAUAGUUGAAUGUCAAAAAAGGUUUCAGUUCCUGGCAGUGGCCGCCCUGGCCGAUCCAUUCCCUAGCGCCAAAUCGCCUUGGCAAUCUCGGGCCUCCGAGAAUCACAGCUAAGUUUUCUGUUGGGAGCAACAUCCUCAUCCCCAACUCCUCUUCAUUCUCUCAAUCGAGCGCGAGCUCAGCUCCUCCAUCUCCCUCGACCUCCGCCGUCGCUACAACAACUGCUCCAGCUGUUGCUACCCCCUCACCGCCGCCACCUCCUCCAUCCCACGACGAGACCGCCCCCCAGCAGCAGUACCAACUCUUUGCUAAUAAUCGGCAUCCCGACACAAUGCCUGCUUCCGCAACCAUGCUGGCCCGCGCCGGUUCCCAGAUGAGCUUGAGGGGAUCAAUUGCUCUCCGUGGUGGCCUUACCGCCUCAAGGAGAACUCCCGCUCUCGCUGCCCUCGCCAGAUACUAUGCCUCCAAAUCUUUCCCUCCGCACACCGUUGUCAGCAUGCCUGCUCUCUCCCCAACAAUGACUUCCGGAAACAUCGGCGCGUGGCAGAAGAAGCCUGGAGAUUCGAUAGCUCCUGGAGAUGUCUUGGUCGAGAUCGAGACCGACAAGGCUCAGAUGGAUUUUGAGUUCCAGGAGGAGGGCACCAUCGCCAAGAUCCUCAAGGAGUCUGGCGAGAAGGACAUCGCUGUCGGCAGCCCCAUCGCUGUUAUGGUCGAGGAGGGCGAGGAUGUUUCUGCUUUUGAGUCAUUCUCCAUUGAGGAUGCUGGAGGCGACAAGUCUGCUGCUACUCCCUCGAAAGAAGGCGAGGCGGCCGAGGCCAGCGAGCCCCCCAAGACUGGAUCCAACACCGCACCCCCAUCAAAGGAGGACUCUGCUCCCCAGGCCACUGAGACCGAGUCUUCGGGCAAGAAGUUGGAGACUGUGCUCCAGCGUGCCCCCAAGGCUUCCCCGGCUGCCCAGAAACUCGCUCUCGAGAAGGGUGUGCCCCUCAGCUCCAUCAAGGGAUCUGGCAAGGGCGGCCAGAUCACCAAGGAGGAUAUCGAGAAGUACAAGCCUGCUGGUGGAGCUGCCGCGACUGCUGGUGCCCCCACCUACGAGGACACCGAGGCUACGAGCAUGCGCAAGGUCAUCGCCUCGCGCCUUACUCAGAGCAUGCAGGAGAACCCCCACUACUUUGUUGCCUCCAACAUCUCGGUUUCCAAGCUUCUCAAGCUCCGUGAAGCUUUGAACGCUUCGUCCGAGGGCAACUACAAGCUCUCUGUUAACGACUUCCUCAUCAAGGCUCUGGGUGUUGCUGCCCGCAAGGUCCCUGCUGCCAACUCUUCGUGGCGCGAGGAGAACGGCAAGGUCGUCAUUCGUCAACACAAUGUGGUUGACGUCUCGGUUGCCGUCGCUACUCCCGUCGGUCUCAUGACUCCCAUCGUCAAGAACGUCAACGGUCUCGGUCUCUCUUCCAUCUCAUCACAGGUCAAGGAUCUCGGCAAACGCGCUCGGGACGGAAAGCUCAAGCCUGAGGAGUACCAGGGCGGAACCAUCACCAUCUCCAACAUGGGCAUGAACCCCGCUGUCGAGCGCUUCACCGCCGUCAUCAACCCCCCACAAGCCACCAUUGUCGCCAUCGGUACCACACAAAAGGUUCCCGUGCCCGGCGAGCUGACCGAGGACGGUACGCCCAGCAUUGAGUGGGAUGACCAGAUUGUCAUCACCGCAAGCUUCGAUCACAAGGUGGUUGACGGCGCAGUGGGUGGUGAAUUCAUCAAGGAGUUGAAGAAGGUCAUUGAGAACCCUCUGGAGUUUCUGCUAUAAGCGCGGGUAUCUGUAAUGUUCAAAGAAAGGUCGCUAUAGGCAGAAUGUUGGGGUGUAUGUGGGUUUGUAAGCUUUUAUGUCGGCAGAGCGGGUAGUUUUCUGGGGCAUGUUGGAAUCUGUACAAUGAAUGCUCGCCAUAUCCUUCUUGCUUCUCUAUGUAGCUUGCAUGUUUUCCCUAUGUAUUCAACAGUCGAGGUUUGCAAUGCAAAUCUCCCCACUACCCCUUUUGCUACAAUUCAGCGGUACUAGCAGUAUUGUUGCUUAUUCAUAGAUUUCCUUGCAGUACGAGAGAGAAGAAGAAUACCCGUCCAUCAAAUUGCUGCCUUGUGCCUAUACUCAACCUGCUACCCUUAUCCUUUCUCCCUUCUUUCCUUCGAACCACACUUCCCAACAGUCGACAGUCUCCCUUCCAAACCACCAGCCCAAACCACCAGCUACAUGCUAUUCACCCAACUAUC